UGUUUUAUGUCUCUUUGUCUUCGUUUUGUAUCUCUUUGUAGUUCUUUCAUUUCCAAUUUAGUCUCUGUGUGGUUGUUUUGUCCCUUUUCAUAGUCAUAUUAGUCUCUUUGUAGUUAUUUUGCCCCUUUUGUAGCCAUUUUGUGUGUCUUUGUUGUUGUUUUAUGUCUCUUUGUGGUCAUUUUGUGUCUUUAUGUAGUUACUCUUUGUCUCCAUGUUCAUUUUUGUGUCUUUGUGGUUGUUGUGUCCUAUUUCUUAGUUGUUUUGGUCUCUUUGUGAUGAUUGUGUGUACCUUUGUGGUUGUUUUGCUCUUCUUCAUCGUUGUUUUGGUCUCUUUGUAGUUAUUUUGCCCCUUUUUGUAGUCAUCUUGUGUCUCUUUGGGUCUAUUUGUUGUCAUUUUUGGCUCUUUGCGGUUGCUUUGUCCUACUUUAUAGUUGUUUUGGUCUUCUUGUGUUGUUUUUCAUGCUCUUCAUCAUUGUUUUACUCUCUGUAGUCAUUUUGUAUCUCUUUGCAGUUGGUCUCUUUGUAGUUAUUUUGCCCCUUUUGUAGUCAUGUUAGUUGUUGCUUUCUGUAUUUUUGAGGUCAUUUCACUUUCACUUUAUGGUUGUUUUGGUAUUCUUGUGUCUCUUUGUAGUCAUGUACGGCCCAUGGCAUCGUGAUCGGCACUGGUGACCGAACAGUGAUGGGUCGCAUCGCCACGCUGGCGUCAGAGCUCCAAGUCCGCCGUACGCCCAUCAACAUAGAGAUCGAACAUUUCAUCCAUAUCAUCACGGGGGUUGCCGUCUUCCUGGGCGUGUCCUUCUUCAUCCUGUCACUCAUCUUGGGCUACACCUGGCUGGAGGCGGUCAUCUUCCUCAUUGGCAUUAUCGUGGCCAACGUGCCUGAGGGGCUGCUGGCUACUGUCACUGUGUGUCUGACUCUCACUGCCAAGCGGAUGGCCAAGAAGAACUGUCUUGUGAAGAACCUGGAGGCCGUAGAGACUCUCGGCUCCACCUCCACCAUCUGCUCCGACAAGACGGGCACGCUGACCCAGAACCGCAUGACUGUGGCCCACAUGUGGUUCGACAACCAGAUCCACGAGGCGGACACCACCGAGGACCAGACUGGUUUGGGUUUUGACAAGAGCUCUGCUACUUGGUCUGCUCUGUCUCGCGUGGCCGGCCUCUGCAACAGAGCUGAUUUCAAAGCUGGACAGGAGAGCUUUCCCAUCCUGAUGAGGGAGACAGCGGGGGACGCAUCGGAGUCUGCUCUGUUUAAAUGCAUCGAGCUGUGCUGUGGGAGUGUUCGUGAAAUGAGAGCUGGAAACCCCAAAGUGGCAGAGAUCCCCUUCAACUCCACCAACAAAUACCAGCUCUCUAUCCAUGAAGUGGAGGACAAUCCCUCCGGUCAUAUUCUGGUCAUGAAGGGAGCGCCAGAGAGAAUCUUGGACAGGUGCAGCAGCAUUAUGAUCCACGGCCAGGAGCAGCCACUUGAUGAAAACUGGAGAGAGGCUUUCCAGAAUGCCUACAUGGAGCUGGGAGGACUGGGAGAGAGAGUGCUCGGCUUCUGCCACUUGAAUCUGUCUUCAUCCCAGUUCCCUCGAGGAUUCACCUUCGACUGCGACGACAUGAACUUCCCCACCGAGCAGCUCUGCUUCCUGGGUCUCAUCUCCAUGAUUGAUCCACCGCGUGCCGCUGUGCCUGACGCAGUGGGUAAAUGCCGCUCUGCUGGUAUCAAGGUGAUCAUGGUAACAGGGGACCACCCAAUCACAGCCAAGGCCAUCGCUAAAGGUGUGGGCAUCAUCUCCGAGGGCAAUGAGACGGUUGAGGACAUCGCUGAGAGACUGAACAUCCCUCUGAGCCAAGUUAACCCCAGGGAUGCCAAGGCCUGCGUGGUGCACGGCUCGGACCUAAAGGACAUGAGCAACGAGUACCUGGACGACCUGCUGAGGAACCACACUGAGAUAGUGUUUGCUCGUACCUCUCCUCAGCAAAAGCUCAUCAUAGUGGAGGGCUGCCAGAGACAGGGGGCGAUCGUGGCUGUGACGGGCGACGGCGUGAACGAUUCCCCGGCCCUGAAGAAAGCUGACAUCGGCGUUGCCAUGGGGAUCGCCGGCUCUGAUGUGUCCAAGCAGGCGGCUGACAUGAUCCUGCUGGACGACAACUUCGCCUCCAUCGUCACCGGAGUGGAGGAGGGUCGUCUCAUCUUUGACAACUUGAAGAAGUCCAUUGCAUACACGCUGACCAGCAACAUCCCAGAGAUCUCGCCGUUCCUCCUCUUCAUCUUGGCGAGUGUUCCUCUCCCUCUGGGAACUGUCACCAUCCUCUGUAUCGACCUGGGCACAGACAUGGUUCCUGCCAUCUCAUUGGCUUAUGAGACAGCCGAGAGCGACAUUAUGAAACGGCAGCCGAGGAACCCAAAAACAGACAAGCUGGUCAAUGAACGCCUCAUCAGCAUGGCAUACGGACAAAUAGGGAUGAUCCAGGCUCUUGCUGGUUUUUUCACCUACUUUGUCAUUUUGGCUGAGAACGGCUUCCGCCCAAGCACUCUGGUGGGUAUCCGCAUCAACUGGGACGACCGCGAAGUGAAUGAUGUGGAGGACAGCUAUGGGCAGCAGUGGACCUAUGAGCAGAGGAAAAUCAUUGAAUUCACCUGCCACACCUCCUUCUUCAUCAGCAUCGUUGUUGUGCAAUGGGCUGACGUCAUCAUCUGCAAGACCAGGAGGAACUCCCUCUUUCAGCAGGGCAUGAAGAACAGGAUCUUGAUCUUUGGCCUGUUUGUUGAGACUUCUCUGGCUGCAUUCCUCUCCUACUGCCCUGGAAUGGACAUUGCCUUGCGCAUGUACCCCCUGAAGCCCCUGUGGUGGUUCUGUGCCUUCCCAUACAGUCUUCUCAUCUUCAUUUAUGAUGAGGUCCGUAAAUUCAUUCUGAGGAGAAGCCCCGGAGGUUGGGUGGAGCAGGAGACAUAUUAUUAACAUUCAGAAAAUGUCAGUUAAAAUUGUGUGUCUGUGAGCGUGCGUACAUGUGAAUUUGUGUGUGCAUGUGAGGGUAGAAAUAUGUCCGUGUGUGUGUGUGUGUGUG